CGCAAACAAAGCGCAAUCAGUUCAGUAGGCAUCAAAAUGGUGAUCACACGGCGACAUUUCAAUGGGAACACAGUUUUUUGGCUCCUGUUUCUGGCUUCCAACGCUUCAGCACAAAUAAACCUUUUCUUAUCACCUGAUCAAACGAAGGAGAUCAUCGGUCUGGAAAGUGAAAUAAGCUAUAUUCGUGAUGGAAAAGCCAAUACCAAUGCUAUAAAUUAUGAUCUCCCAGUGCCAUUUGAUGUCAACAAAAUUGUAUUUACAUGGCAGAACUUCUUGGGACCAUUUCGCUUAAGGCAAUCAGAGCUUGUACCAGCCAAGCCCCUCCAGACUGUUGUUUAUACCUUCAAUGUUUCAUCUGGAGACAUAACAAUUUUGCCUGAGCCAUCUAUUAAUAUAACCAAGAGUGGAAGUAUACCAAACAAGCCAUCAAGCUUUGCAAUAGGGUUGAUGUGCAUCAAAGGUAAAGAAGGAAAUGUUCCUGUGCGAAUUGGAUUGACUUUAACUGACUUCAAUCAAACAGCUGAGAAAUAUAAUGUCAGAACCUUGGACUUCAAGUUUAUCAAAAUCUGCAGGAAAGGUUUCCAGCCAGCACCAGCAAAAGAAACCCCAAAGAAAAGAAUCAAGAAAGGUGCAGCAGAAAUUGAUAAGACCAGCGUGUUUUACAUAGCAGUGGGAGUGGCCUGCAGUACGAUUUUGAUCAUAGCCAUUGCUGUUGCUACAUUGCAUGUUCAAUCGAUGCCAAAAAAUGUUGACCCAGGGAAAGAAUUCAAAGAUUAUAUGUCACAAAGUGAUACUACUAGUCAGGGGCAUGGUACUACAUCAAGGAUUUCCCAUCCUGUUGGAACAUUGAAUUUCCAGGUUGAAAAGCAGAAGAAGGACAUCCGUGCACGUAUGAAGGAUAUUGAAAUUUCAAAGAAUCUGCUUACAUUAGGAAAUGUUGUUCAGGAAGGCGCAUUUGGAAGAGUUUAUGUUGGAUCACUGUUGAGUAGUGAAAGUGGCGAAGAGCAAAAAGUUUUUAUCAAGACAGUAAAUGAUCAAGCUUCGCCGGAGCAAGUCAAUCUGUUUUUAACUGAGAGCAGUCUUUUGAAGAAGACCAACCACAGAAACGUGCUACCAGUAAUGCAUGUGGUCCUUGAAGAUGGAAUGCCUCCACAAGUCAUACUUCCCUACAUGAAUAGAGGCAAUCUUAAGAACUACAUGCGGCUCUCUCGAACGGCGGAGCCUUUAACAAAGACUCUGACAACAAGAGAUAUUGUUUUCAUGGCAAUACAAAUUGCGCGUGGCUUACAAUAUUUGGUAAAAAGAAGAAUAUUCCAUAAAGAUGUUGCAACAAGGAAUUGUGUGGCUGACGAGGAGUACCGGGUGAAAAUAACAGAUAAUGCAUUGGCACGAGAUUUCUUUCCUGGUGACUAUCAUUGUCUUGGUGAUAAUGAGAACCGACCUGUCCGGUGGAUGGCCGUAGAAAGUCUGGAGUUUAAUACUUAUAGUCCCGCUAGCGUCGUGUGGUCCUAUGGUGUGCUUCUUUGGGAACUUACCACACUCGCCCAGACGCCAUACGCAAAUGUUGACCCAUUUGAAAUGCUACGUUACUUGAAAGCGGGAUUCCGUUUGCCGCAACCUCUAAACUGCCCCGAUGAUCUGUUCACUGUAAUGGCUUGCUGCUGGGCACUGGCAACUGAAGAACGACCACAUUUCAGCCAGGUUGUCACCUGCUUAGAAGGCUUCUAUAGCACUUUAAAUGCAUUCAUCUAAAUUGGUGAACGCUGCUAGUAAUUCGUAAACCAGGUAUUACAUGCAAGUGCUACUGCCUCGAGUAUUUGAUGACGGCUUUGGCUACCAGCUCAAUACCACGAAAUGGAUUGUCAAUGAAACGUGCGCUAAAGUGUUCAAAGUCGCGUACACUGAGAGCUAUUCGGAUUGCGUAGCUAGCACAGAACUUGCAUAGACAAGCCUGGCAAUGAGAAGAAUACAUUGAUAUACUGCGCUCUUUUGCGAGCUAAAGUGAUGGAAGAUAAACGCAAGAUUAUUGUUGACGUCAUCGUUUGUUUGAGAUAACACAAAGAGCAAACCAAGGCUCUUUUAUAUUGGGUUACCUAUAAAAACUCUGUACAGUAGUUGGUAACACACGUAUGUAUUGCUGGAACGCUCUGCGAUAAGCUCUUGGUUUCAAAGGAGUCAUACGUUUUAGGGCCUUGUAGUAUUAUGAUUAUACAUUUUAAUUUCGUUUUAGAUUGGAGUUAGCAAAUUCCAAUUUUAUUGUAUUUUAGAUUUUUAGGUAUUUGUUUAGUGUAUAUUUUUCAUGUUUACAAGUUGUAUGCUAAUGCGGUUAAGUAUUUACUCAGAAAACCAGUCUUCCUGUAUUUGGCUCUUCCUGGCCCAUGUCAAAUCAACUGUCAAGAUUUUGUUUGAUCCAAACAAGCAUAUGCACUGAUAUUUUUUCUAUAAGAUUUAAACGGUGCUUCGAAAUCUUACUAUGCUCCAUUCAACUGGUCAAAAAUUGUUCCUUACCGAAAGUCAUAUUCUCCUAUGAUAUAGUGAAAGAUCCCCAAUACGUACCAGAAAAGAACCAAAAAUCUUUGAUGCCUCCUCUUUUUCUGUAAAUAGUCCUUUAUAUUUUCUGAAAAUAAGUUUCCAGACUUGGAUGAAAGUAAUAUUUAGAAUUUAAAAUCCAUUCAGUUUCGAGUGUCCUGUUACGAACGAUGAAACAAACUUUCCCCGCACUUUAGUAGAAAUUGGCGUUAAUUUCUAAAGUCUUUAUCAUCAAAUGGGAUUCAAAUUGUGGUUGAUAAUAAAUCUAUUACAAUCUAGAUUAACUCAAAGUGUGCGACUGUUGUUGUGAUUGUUACUUUGGAUGAUCCAUGAUGCUUUCAAUAAUGGGGCUCGUUGUCAAGGCUACCAUCAUAACGAAAUGCUAAUACUUUCAAAAUGAUCAACGGAGUAGUGGUGUUUUGGUUCAUUGUAACUAUAUAAAUGUUUGUCUUGUUAUUAUUUGAAUAAAUUCUUAGUUGUAUGCAUUAAGGUAAAAGUAUGUAACUUAACAUUUUUCUAUUUUGUGUAUCAUAGGUAAAGUAGCUUAAGUUAAUUUUCCUUCCACUGUUCUGUGGGAAUCGUUCGUGUGAUGCCGUUUUAAUGCGUGUUUAUAAAUUAUUUUGUAAGGUUGAAAUAUUUGUUGAAACAGGAAGCUUUGUAUAUGACAA